AACCGUCUUACGGUUACUUAACUACGACUUCGCGACGUUUGUUUGUUUUUGCAUUAUCUGUUGUCAUUCGUGAGAUAUAAGUGGUUGUUGGAAAGAAUGUCCGAUACCCGCACCCAAACGAGCGGAUGCAUGGCACCAGCCAUGAAGCAGACCGUCGGGAAAAUCAUGGACGCCAUCAAUCUGAUGCUGCCCAAAGGAAGCGAAGACGCGGUUCUGCACGACAUCAUGCAGAGCAUCAAACGUCGACUCCACCCUGCCGAUGUUGCGCCAUCAAUCCACCCAGAGCGUUUGGAGAGUGCUUCAUCAAUUUUCUCCGACAUGUUGCUACAACCGACUCUUCUGCUGGCUGAAAACCGUCCAGGCGAUCGUGAUCGUAGUCCUUCACCCGAUAUGAACGAUGCAGCUCUGGAAGCGGUCGGACUCAAGCCGCGAAUCCGCCUACUGACGUCUGUCAUGCGCAAUCGAUCGGAGAAUUGGCAGCCCCUGCAGAAUGCCCUGCCUGGUAGUGGUGAUCGCGGAAAGAACAUGACCUACGAACAUCGGCAGCGUAAGCGUCACACUCAGCGCAGUCGGACGGUCGCUAUGCCGGUCGCUUCUCCCCACAGUCGAAUUGUCGUCAAGCUGCCGCAACCAGAGGCGGCACGCGGUGUUUUGAGUAACGAUCCCAUUCAGGUGCGCAACGCGGCGAACAGUAUCAUCGCGUACCGGUGUCCGCGGUGUCCGCAACAGAAAAGCACCAAGAAGGAAGUGAUGAUGCAUCUGGCGUUUCACGGCAUUAGCGGGAAAUUUGCUUGUAACGAGUGCGAUUUCGCUACCGACUCCAAGGUGAUGUUCUACUAUCACGCCAUGGCGCAUUCCAAGAAAGAGACUGGUCAACCGGGUGCACGAAAGAAGCGAACCACACUGCGCAAUCCGUCGGCUGCUGAUGACCUGUUUUCCAAUCCAGCCAGUCCCACAUCCUCGGCCGCAGAAGAGGGCAUCGCGUGCGUCAUCCCCAACUGUUCUUUCAUGGGUCCGGACCGGCAGUCCAUCGCGGAGCAUCUGCGUAAGGAACACGGCCCGUGGCACCGUGUGCCUCCCUCCAUGAAGGUUGCUGCAACGCCGAAACCCCCGAUGAAAGGACCCGCCGUGAUCUUGACGGGAGGCCGGAAGAAAGGCGCCAAACGGGGCCCGCGGGUCCGUGCCCGCGCCGUGACCGUGGCCAGCGCGGCCAUGUCCAGGCACCAGUGCGUGGAGUGUCCGGAUGCCUUUGGCUCCAAGACGCAGUUGUACCUGCACCGCUGCCGGGCGCAUCCGCGCCGCCGCGGUCGCAAGCCGAAGGAACCGAGUGCCCAAUCACUGGCGACGGGGAUGCCGCCGCCGUUGGAUGUGUCGGUUGCGGAGAGCAGCGAAGUGUGGACGGGUGAAGUGCAGUCGAUCGGGGAGAUCGAGGUGGAAUAACGGAGCCGGUAUGGGGUGGGUGUCCUUGGUGGAUUUUUGUUUGGCUAUGAGCCGGUUUUACUAAGAGCUGCUAACUGCAGCAGGACAGUCAUUUUGCUGGGUUUUAGUUUGUUUCGUUUUUCAUUGUGUAACCCUAAAAAAGAAAUAGUGCAGCUGUUUUCCUAUGAGUUUCGCACAUUGUUCCAAGGUCGUUACCGAAAAUCCGAGGAAUUAUUGAUUUCUGUUGGACAUUUAUAUAUUGCGCCGUAUAAGAUGAGAUGCGCUGGAUACGUUUAUAUUUUUCUGUUGUUCUUGUUGUUUAGUCUACGAAAAUAAUAAUAAA